AUGGGCGGGUGCUUCUCCAAAUGCGGUGGCAAAUACAUGGUCGGCUCCAAGGAGAAGGAUGCCACCAAGAGCGGCCACGGAGACACGCCUCAAUUGGUUAACAAACUCGACAAGAACGCCUCCUUCUCCAACGGUAACGCGGCCAAUGGCAAUGGACAGACCCAAAAACGACACGGCUCAGCCUCUUCGUCGUCCUCUUCGUCCUCAUCGUCCUCCUCUUCUCAGGGGUCCAAGCAGGCCGACCCGCAGGCCGACCCGCAGGCCGUUAAGUUAUUGGAUCCCGAGUCCAAUGAGCCGCAUGUAGUGACCACCUCCUCCAUGCAAUCCUCGUCGCAAGUCACGUCCAAGAACGAGACCGUCACCUCGGAGGAUGGCACCCACACCACCACCAUCAACCAAGAACACAGCCAGACCCACGUGACCUCGGCCACGCAGCAGGUCAUCACCUCCACGCAGGUCAUCACCGACCCCAAGGAGGUGGAGGCCCUAUUAGCCGCGGGUGGAGAGUACACGUCCACCCAUCAGGAAAGCUCGCGAGUGUGCCUGGAGUCGUCGCAAGUGACCUCGGAGACGCGGGUGAUCAGUGGUCAAGAAUUGGAGGAUCGGAUCAAGGAUAUUCAAGCUGGUUCGACCGCUCCCAAGAGCGGCAACUCGUCCAGUUCAUCGUCGGAGGAUGAAGCCGAAAAAGAGCCAGCCGAGCCAUUGGUAUCCGAGGCCACCACCACGGAACAGGUGGGACCGGAUACCUAUCGUACGGAGACCGUGGAGGUUAAGACCACGCCCGACUCGCACACCGAGAUCGUCAAGACCGUCAUCAUGACGCAAGAGCAUUCGGAAAGCCAUGAUGUCGAGCCUGGCCACACUGAAGCCCAAGGCGAAGAUGAUAUCCCGCCUCCCCCUCCUCCACCUGAGGCCGAAGUGGCCCCUCCCAAGAAGGUUGAUCUGGCCGCUUUGGGCGUGGUGAACAUGAAGGGUGGCUCUUCGUCCUCUUCGUCGUCGUCCUCAUCAGACGAGGAAGAGAUCCCGCCCCCACCCGAAGAACCGUCGCAAGGGGAACAAUACGCCCAAUUGGUCACCCCUUCAGGUUUUUCACCCUCCCACGAGUUUACACCCGUGGCUCACGAGGAUGAGGACGGGGAUCUCCCGGCCCCGCCCCCGGAAAGUGAGGUCACCAUCGCUGUGGUGGACGUGGACGAAGCCGAGGCCGAAGCUAAUGCCGAAGACGGUCAUACCAAUGAUGAGAAGUCCUCCUCGUCCUCACAUAGCGAUUCGGACUAA